ACUUUACCUUUUCUUCCCAUUCUCUCCCUCAAUUGAAUCAAUGCACUGACCCUCCCUCUCUCGGCCUCUCAGUCGCACCCCUCCGCGCCGUCGCCUGUUUGAUCGGAAGCCACACCGGAGUUUCACGGCCGCAGACUUCAUCUCCAUUUCGGGUCUCUCUAUUUGCAUCAAUCUUUCGCACAAGGUGGGCUCUAUUAUUCCAUUUAUAUAUUGCAAAUCCUGGUUUCUGAAGAAUGUUCCAUAUGCACUCUGGCAAAAAAAGAUGGGAUUAUAGUUGUUCAAUGAAAAGGUCGUAUUCUCAAGAGGGUUCUUGUGUGUGUGUAGCGUUGCCUGUCUCUCAAACACUCGCUCUCUCAAUCUCAAAGGGAAAACAAAAAUACUAAGACUCAUUCACCGCCACCGCGACUCUCCGCCAACGUUCGCCGAGAUUUUUCCCCAUUCACCAAGAUGGCUGGAGUUUUAGGAUUUGCAAGCCUUCCACCCAAGGCAAAGAAUUUCGUAGUUGCCGGGGGUUUGACAGCAUUUGUCUUCGGGACCUACUUCUACACCAUGAGAGCUGUUGGAGGUACUGAUGAGCUGCAAGUAGCAAUUGACAAGUUUGAAGCUGACAAGAGCAAGCAAGAGGGUGAACCAAGCGUGCCAUCAAAGGUCUAGAGAUGUUUUCUUGUGGAACAAAAACAAUACUUUGUGUGUAUUCACUAUUUUGCUUUUCAGCAUCAGAAGAAAAAUGUAUUUUCAAUCUAGUGCAUAAUAAGUUCAGCCAGUUUUGUGUACAAAAACUGUGUGGUAGGGAAAUUACAAUUGAGGUUCUUUUUUAGCCUUGCUGAGAUAUUUUGUUGGCAA